UGCCAGCACAACCGCAAAAAGAUCUGGUGCAAGGAAUGCAAGGGCUCGCAGAUCUGUGCCCACAGCAGGCAGCGGCAUCAGUGCAUAGACUGUCGAGGGUCGGGGAUCUGCACGCAUAUGCGCAGGAGGAGCCAGUGCCGAGAUUGCGGUGGGUCUCAAAUAUGCUGGCACAAGAAGAGAAGAAGCCUGUGCAAAGAGUGCAAGGGGUCGCAGAUUUGUGCUCAUGGUAGGAGGCGACACCAGUGCAGGAUGUGCCUCGGCAGCAGCAGC